AUGGAGAGCGAUGGUGCAGAAAGGGACAGCUCCGGUGUGGGUGUCCGCGCGCUGACGGGCUGCGCUCUCUGCGCGCUCAUCCUCUCCACGCUGCUGGGGAACACGCUCGUGUGCGCCGCCGUCAUCAAAUUCAAACACCUCCGAUCCAAAGUCACCAAUUUCUUCGUCAUAUCCCUCGCAGUUUCCGAUCUCUUCGUGGCUGUUCUGGUCAUGCCGUGGAAAGCAGUCUCUGAGGUGGCCGGCUGCUGGCUCUUCGGGAGCUUUUGUGACACUUGGAUAGCUUUCGAUAUCAUGUGCUCAACGGCGUCUAUCCUCAACCUGUGCAUCAUCAGUUUGGACAGAUACUGGGCCAUCUCAAGCCCCUUCCGUUACGAGCGCAAAAUGACCCAAAGGAUGGCGUUUAUAAUGAUCGGGAUGGCGUGGACACUUUCCGUCCUGAUCUCUUUCAUUCCGGUCAGACUGAACUGGCACAGGGCUGAGGACCACAGCGCGCCCUUGAACCUCACCGUCAGCUCGGAGGACUGCACGGCGACUUUAAACAGGACUUAUGCUAUUGCAUCUUCACUAAUAAGCUUUUACAUCCCUGUUAUAAUCAUGAUAGGAACAUAUACGCGGAUCUACCGGAUC